AUGAGUCCUAAAUACUAUACAGGAAAGACAUUUACUCCAGAAAGUUGGAAAGAAAAAGUGAUUAGAGAUAAGCAAUUAGUUCCAGGAGUAGAUCAAAAUACAGAAAUUGCUGUUCCAAGAUUAUUAUUAAAUUAUUUCAUUAUCAAUGCUUACGAAGAUGCUAGUUGCAGGAUGGCUAAAGAAUUAGGUUAUAUUACAAAUAAUAAAGAUUUAUUACAAUUUAAUUCAUUGUUUAAGAUUACUGAACGUGCAACAAUUCUUCAUUUGGUCAAAUUAGGUCAAAUAUCUAAAGCUAUGGAGAUAAUUAAUUCUAAUUUUGGUCUUGAAAUUUUACAAAAUGAUGAUCAACAUUAUAGUCCACCUGAACCAGUAAUUCAUAAUUCCAAUGAGAAUUAUAAUGAACAUAAUAAUGCCUUCACUCGUAAUCCAUUAGGCGAAAGUGUAGAUUUUGAACAGGAGGAUGAUUUACAUUAUAAAUUAUUGUUAUUAAACCUUAUAGAAAUGAUAAGGAAUAACAAAAAAAGACAAGGAAAUGAAGUUGAUAAAGAAUUUAUUAUAAACUUGAUAAAUUAUUCAAAGGAAAAAUUAGCACCAAAGGCUUUAAAAAAUAAAUCACAUAUGAAACAACUUGAACUUAUAAUGACUUUGCUUUUAAUACCACAAGAUUUAGAAGUAGAACUUCCUUAUAAUUUAAACAAACUCUAUUCUCUUUCAUUGAGGUCAAAAGUUGCAACUUUAAUAAAUCAGAAAUUGCUUAAAUCGAUAUAUCCUGAUAUUACAAAUCAAACAAAAUUCCCAAAUAUAUUACAAUCUCCUGAGAGUUUGGAUAUUCUUGAUUUCAAAUCAUCAAAUUUUAAUUCAAUAUUAAAGACAAAUGUUAAAUCACAAGACUUACAGAAAAGUGCAGUAGCAACAAACACAGCCUCCUCGUCAUCUAACCCAACUUCAGCGGCUUUAUCAACGGCAUCAUUAGAUAAUCCAACGUCUACACUUACAUCUAUUGCUAUCACUGGAAGUAAUGAUGGUUCAUUACGAACACAUGCUAGCUCUGAUAGAUCUAUACAUGAUUCAUCUUCAACAUCAAAAGAUAAUAACCUAAUGAAGAAUAUGUUGUCUAAUAGUGAUGACCCAUUAACUAAUCAAGAUGCUAUUCUUAUCCCCGACCUUCAAUUUGAAUCUAAAUUGUCCCAAAUUAUUAAAUUAUGGGCUUGGUGUGAAAACGAAUUACAUACCAAUAAUAUAGGUGUGCCAAGGGUACAAAAUAAAGCUUAA